AUGGAGGCCGAGCCGGCGUCCCGGCUCAGCGUUCGCACGCUAUGCACCGGCACACAGAGGGCGGGGCUGCGGGGACCCCCUGCAGGAAGCGUGACCGAGCUCAGGCUGCGUUCAGCAGAGGGGAAUCCAGAUGGUCACCACAGCGGAGACCCCUGGAGCAGCAGCGGCAGCACUAUGAGCCAGCAGGGUUACCACAGCAGCAUGCUGGGGGGCGGGAACUCAGCACACGGCCCCGCCCAAGGCUCCUCCUACUGUGGGAUCCAUCCUCAUGACAGACUGAGCUACCCUUCACACUCAUCAGCAGACCUCAGUUCCAGCCUCCCCCCCAUGUCCAGCUUCCAUAGAGGGGGGGGCGGCGGAGGCGGAGCCAAUCACUACAGCACUGCCUCCUGUACCGCCGCGACCAACGGCACAGACAGCGUCAUGGCUAACCGAGCGCAGAGCGGCGCCGCCAGCAGCUCCCAAACAGGAGACGCCUUAGGGAAAGCACUCGCCUCGAUCUACUCUCCAGAUCACACCAACAACAGCUUCUCCUCCAACCCCUCCACCCCCGUGGGAUCACCGCCCUCGCUCACAGCUGCCAGUUCAGCCGUCUGGUCGAGGAACGGAGGACAGGGAGCAUCAUCGCCAAACUAUGAGGCUCCUCUGCAUUCGCUGCAAAGUCGCAUUGAGGACCGCCUGGAGCGUCUGGACGAUGCCAUCCACGUGCUGCGUAGCCACGCCGUAGGGCCGUCCACGGGGAUGACGGGCGGUCACGGCGACAUGCACGGUCUGAUCGGAGCCGCACACACGCACAACGGCGCCAUGGGUGGACUGGCGAGCGGCUACGGGACGGGACUGCUGUCCAACAGACACUCACUGAUGGUAGGCGCUGUUUGAUGAUGUCACUGCUGG